CAGAAGCCAAAGAUGUUGACCAGGAAGAUUAAACUCUGGGACAUAAACGCCCACAUCACCUGCCGCCUGUGCAGCGGCUACCUCAUCGACGCGACCACGGUGACCGAGUGUCUGCACACCUUCUGCCGCAGCUGCCUGGUCAAGUACCUGGAGGAGAACAACACCUGCCCCACCUGCAGGAUUGUCAUCCACCAGAGCCACCCCCUGCAGUACAUCGGCCAUGACAGGACCAUGCAGGACAUUGUUUACAAGCUGGUUCCAGGCCUCCAGGAAGGAGAAACCAAAGCAGAUGACAGCGCGAGCAAGGAGGCGGCGGAGGAGAAGCAGGAGGACGACAACGACUACCACCGCAGCGACGAGCAGGUCAGCGCCCCCGCGCCCCUCCGGCUCCUGAGCCGCAGUGGGGGUGUGCAGGCCUCGGCCCCCAAACGGAGGGGAGCUGAGCCGCACCCUGGCCUGGGCACCGCCCCAGUCAGGAGGUGGGAGCUGCGGGCGGGGUGGGCUGUGGUCAGAGCUCCAGAUGUGCGCAGAGGCCGGGCGGUGGGGCCCCUUCAUCUGAGCCCCAGAGGACAGCAGCCUCCGGGGGUGGCACAGGUGACACUCUCUGCUUCAGACAGGAGAAGAUGCCCUAGUGCUUCCGUGGCUGCCUGGAAUAUUCUGAGUCCAGUGGUCAGGAGGGCAGGCGCGGGGGGACGGGGUGGCUGCCCACCCACUGGGCCGACACAAAAGACCCAAAAGGCUGAAAACCAGAACCAACGGCUGUACGUCCACCAUGCUCUGCACUGCCGGGCGACUGUCCGGCUGGGCCAGGGCUCCUUGCCGCUGCUGGAGAGCCGGGCCAGGCCCCCGAGGCCGCCCGACUGCGCCCCGGGGCUCUGCCCUGUCUGCCGCGCCGCCCCUGCGUCGUCCUUUGUGAAGAGCGAGGCCACUGCCUUUCCCGGGGCGGGCGGCCACGGGGGCCCCCUGACCCGGCUUCUGUCCCGCCAGCUGGACAUCUUAUGCAACGAGGAGAUUCUGGGCAAGGACCACACGCUCAAGUUCGUGGUGGUCACGAGGUGGAGAUUCAAGAAGGCGCCUCUGCUGCUGCACUACAGGCCCAAGAUGGACUUGCUGUGAGGGGCGGCGCAGCCGGCCCGGCCCGGCCGCGAGGCCCGCGUCUCUGAUGAGGACAUUGGUCACUUCUGUCCGGGAGGGCACCUGGACUCUGCAGCAGCACGUUGGGGACAAGCGCCGCGGCCGCCGGGCCCUGCCCUGCUGCCCGCCAGGCCGUCUGCGCCAGGGCCGGAGGCCCAGGACUCUGCACGCUCCCUGAGUCCUGUUCCCGGCCACAGCUGCGGUGGUGAGUGUCGCCUCGAGCCCUGCAGACCGGGCAGGAGCCGGGUCCUGGCACGGCGGCGCGGAGCCGGCCCAGCGGGCAGGGCAGCCCCACCGGAGGCCCUUAGUGCUGCGCCGGACGCCACCACGCCACCCUGGUCGUGCCAAGUGGCGAGCGGGGGGUGGCCACG